UCCGGCUCUGGUCAACCUCGGUGGUUGUAGUUUAGUUAUGCGGUCCCAGCUUCUGUGGAGUGCGGCUCGGUGCCUGUGGGCACGCCAGGUUGUCAGCCCGGCCCGCCGGCACCUAAACUGCGGUAGCCUACCGCUGGAGGAGCUGUUCGCCCGCGGCGGGCCCUUGCGGACCUUCCUGGAGCGCCAGGCAGGAUCUGAAGCCCAGUUGCAGGUCGGGGGGUCUGAGCUGCUGGCGGCGGCCAAACUGCUGAGCGAGAAGGAGCAGGAGCUGCAGGAGACCGAGCACUUGCUACACGAUGAAAAUGAAGACUUAAGGAAACUUGCAGAGAAUGAAAUAACCUCAUGUCAAAAAGAAAUCACUCAGUUGAAGCAUCAGAUUAUCUUACUUUUGGUUCCCUCAGAAGAAACAGAUGCAAAUGAUUUGAUCCUGGAGGUAACUGCAGGAGUUGGGGGUCAGGAGGCAAUGUUGUUUACUUCAGAGAUGUUUGAUAUGUAUCAGCAAUAUGCUGCAUUUAAAAGAUGGCAUUUUGAAACCCUGGAAUAUUUUCCAAGUGAAAUAGGUGGCCUUAGACAUGCAUCUGCCAGCAUUGGGGGUUUAGAAGCCUAUAAGCACAUGAAAUUUGAAGGAGGUGUGCACAGAGUACAAAGAGUGCCAAAGACAGAGAAGCAAGGCCGCAUCCAUACUAGCACCAUGACUGUAGCAGUCUUACCCCAACCAACCGAGAUUAAUCUGGUGAUUAACCCGAAAGAUUUGCGAAUUGAUACUAAGCGAGCCAGUGGAGCUGGAGGACAGCAUGUAAAUACCACAGACAGUGCUGUCCGGAUAGUUCAUCUUCCAACAGGUGUUGUUUCUGAAUGCCAACAAGAGAGAUCUCAACUGAAAAACAGAGAGAUGGCUAUGAAAAAGCUACGUGCAAAACUGUACAGCAUGUAUCUAGAAGAAGAAACAAGUAAAAGAUACAGUGCUAGAAAGAUUCAGGUUGGAACUAAAGGAAGGUCAGAGAAAAUAAGAACAUACAAUUUUCCACAGAACCGGGUCACAGAUCACAGAAUAAACAAGUCACUUCAUGAUCUUGAAACUUUUAUGCAAGGGGAGUAUCUACUGGAUGAACUUGUACAGUCCUUGAAGGACUAUGCUGAUUAUGAAUCUUUAGUAGAAAUUAUUUCCAAAAAAGCUUAAAUUGAUUUAUUAUGAGACUUUUACAGCUUAUGAAAACUUACAAAUUACAUUGUGUGUAAAUACUCACUAGUAUUCUCUUAAAAAACGAGUUAAGUCAGCUGUAAGUAAUGUGUGUAUUUUUAAGACAGAUAAUUUAUAUAAAUCUUCCCAGUGUAUUAGUAAAAAAAUAUACAAUACAAUCAUGACUCUGGUUAUAUAUUUUGGACUCUUCCUAUGAGAACUACACAAACAAAAACAGUACUUUGUUUUAUGUAAAAUGUUUAAUUGGUUUAACUAAUGAAAAACCUCAAACAUAAAAUAAUAGUAAUAUGAUAAUAAAUACUAUAUUAGUCAAAGUCCAAGUAAGAAACAGAAACCAUACCAUGAAUUUGAACAGGGAUAAUUUUGGUAACAAAGAAUUUUUAACUGAUAACAGGAUAAGCCAUUAGGGGAUAAGAGCAAACUCAUACACUAGGACUGAGAAAGAGUACCCAAAGGAAGAACACCUUUGGAAGGGGAGAGAGCAUGGCUUUGGCCUACUUAACAGAAAAGUGCCCUGGGCUGCCCUGGGCCAGAGCUGGUCUGCAGGUGGUGGUGGAUCAGGCCUUGCAAACAGAACCUUAAACCCUGUGGAGUGGUAAGCAAGCAGCCUCCCACCAGCGUGUCAGCAAAACUUGUUGGAGGGUUAAGCAUCACUCUGUAUCUGCAUUAGUCAGGAUUCUCUAGAGAAACAGAAUCAAUAGGAUGUGUGAGACUUACUAGGAGG